CUGGAGCCUGGAAGCUCGCAGUAGCUGGCAAGCAAUAACCAUUGCAAGACAUGCAGGAUGCUCCAGUUAUAAGAAUAGGGUUUGAAGCAGCACUGAAUACACCAGCUCUGUAACAAGGCAGCGCCGUUGUUUCAUUUAAUCAAUUUUGUUAGAAACCUGGCACCCCGAUCAAGCAUCUUAAUAGAUGCUGCCUAUAGAUGUGUUAUAUUCUAUUUGUCCUUAUCUUCUUUUUUUUGGAGUUCUUCAUAGCAUUUGCACAAGGAUUUUUGUUCUUGCCAUUUCAAAGCACAGUGUGGAAUGAAUGACUUUGCCAGUAUGUCUUGUUGGAUUGUGGUGUGUACCGACAGGGCUUAUGGAAUAUAGCCUGAUUAGUCACAGUCGUUAUGCACGUUCUUUCAACCAAGUGAAAAAGAAACUUGUAUUACUCGCCAUCAUGCUUUUCCUGUGGGUGUAUAUGGCGUAUUCCUGCGUGGGCUACUGUUCCACUAUGCCCAGAAUGAUGGUGGACUAUAGGGUAAAGGAGACUCAAACUGCCGGGAAAAGGACAGAUAACAGCGGGGUAGACCUCAUGUCCAAGCUGCUCUCCAAACCCCAAGGCUGGGUGGACUUGGAAACUGAUUACGAUGAACCUCCAAUAAGGACCGCUUCCAGAGACUUGCUGAAUAACGAGGUCGAGAUAGACCAGACUGAGGACUGGGAUGAAAUUAGGGGAGAACAGAAGUCGCCAGAUCAGAGUCCCAUGUCGAGUUUUUCCAACGGGUCGGGCAGCAAGAAGCUUCCCCAAGCGAUCAUCAUCGGGGUGAAGAAGGGAGGCACCCGGGCUCUGCUCGAGUUUCUCCGGGUGCACCCUGACAUCAGAGCCGUGGGAGCAGAGCCGCACUUCUUCGACAGGAAUUACGACAACGGUCUUGACUGGUACAGAGACCUGAUGCCCAAAACCCUGGAGGGUCAGAUCACCAUGGAGAAGACCCCCAGCUACUUUGUGACCAGGGAGGCCCCGGCCCGGAUCAGUGCAAUGUCCCGGGACACCAAGCUGAUCGUGGUGGUUCGGGACCCCGUCACCAGGGCCAUCUCCGACUACACACAGACUUUAUCCAAAAAGCCCGACAUUCCCACCUUCGAGAGCCUGACCUUCAAAAACAGGACUACCGGGCUCAUUGACACUUCCUGGAGCGCCAUCCAGAUCGGCAUCUACGCCAAGCACCUGGAGAACUGGCUCCAGUACUUCCCCAUGAGCCAGAUCCUCUUCGUGAGCGGGGAGCGGCUGAUCAGCGACCCGGCCGGAGAGCUGGGAAGGGUCCAGGACUUCCUGGGCCUCAAGAGGAUCAUCACAGACAAACACUUCUACUUUAACCAGACCAAGGGCUUCCCAUGCUUGAAGAAGGCGGAGGGCAGCAGCAAGCCCCACUGUCUGGGCAAAACGAAAGGCAGGACCCAUCCCAACAUAAACCCAGAGGUGGUGCAGAGGCUCAGAGACUUCUACAGGCCUUUUAACAUGAAGUUCUACCAGAUGACCGGCCAUAACUUUGGAUGGGAUUGAAAAGAACACAUUUCUUUUCUGUUCCUGUCGAGACACUUGUGAAGUUAUACUAUAUAUAUAUAUAUAUAUAUAUAUAUAUAUAUAUAUAUAUAUAUAUAUAUAUAUAUAUAUAUGUAAAAUGUACAGAAAUCUAUUUUAUAAUAAUUUAUUUUUAAUUUCUAAGCAAUUAAUUCACUAAGCUGCCUAACCACAUUGUAUUUAAUAUUCCAAAUGUUCCAUUUUUUUUACCAUUCCACAUGGUUUAAGUGUUUUUCUGUUUUGUUUUGUUUUUUCCUUCAUGAUCGUAAAAAAAAAAAAAUCUUUCAAUUUAUGGUGCUUCUAAAUCGUUAGUGAUUGAAAAGAAACAUUAAAAAUAAUGAAAUAAACAAAUUAUUAAAAAGAAGAAAAGCACAACAUUUUGUGUUACGGGUGUUCAGCAGAUGAUGGUGAAUAGCAAUUUUUGAAUGUGUUCACAACUUUUUAUUUUUUUGUUUUCAAAUCAUCAAGGUACUUAGUUAAUUGUUGAAAAGAAUUAUUGACAAUAAUAAAAAAAAAUCUUUUUUUUUUUAA